CCAUGUCUAGAAGGAAGGUUAGUGAACCCAAGGAGGAGAAUGUGACACUUGGACCAACUGUCCGAGAGGGGGAGAACGUUUUUGGGGCUGCUCACAUUGUUGCAUCAUUUAAUGACACAUUCAUUCAUGUAACUAAUUUGUUAGGAAGAGAAACCAUUGCCCAAACUACUGGAGGCAUGAAAGUCAAAGCUGAUAGGAAUGAGUCUUCAUCAUAUGCAGCCAUGCUUGCAGCACAAGAUGUUGCACAGUGGUGCAAGGAGCUUGGUAUCACCGCUUUGCAUAUCAAUCUUCAUGCUACUAGUGGGAACAAGACAAAGACACCUGGUCCUAGUGCCCAAUCUGCACUUAGAGACCUUGCUCGGUCUGGGAUGAAAAUUGGCCGUAUUGAGGAGCUUGGUCCUAGUGCCCAAUCUGCACUUAGAGCCCACCUGCACUGUACUCACAGAAAGGGUGGCAGAAGAGCAAGGAGGCGAUAUUACAAUAGUGAAAUGGCCUUCAAGAUUGCAAAGUCCAUGCCUCUAAAGAAGGUUGUACACCAAGAGAUGAAGGUUUCAAAGACUUUGGGGCUUUUCUUCUUGAAUAGAGGAGUUUGA